GUAUCUCCCCACUGUCCACUUCUGUAAAAAGAAAUCUCAUUUUUGUUGGACGGCAAAAGAAAAUCUAAAAAUAGCAUGGAGGAGCAUCUUACUUCUCUGCAAGUUUCUUCCUUUAUGUUUUUUCUUCUUCUCCGUGGAAGCAGGAGAAAACCAGAGGAAGAGAAACAGUUAUGCUUUGCCAUUGCUGCAUUCAUUCACUUCCACUAAAAAAAUUUUAAAAAAAAAAACAGAAAAAAGAAAGAAAGAAAGAAAGACAUAAAGAUGAUGAAGACGACGAUUUCUCUUUUCUUUUUAUUUCCUGCUUCCCAAGAAACCCGUGAAAAGUCCAUAAAGAUGAUGAAGACAAGAUCAGAAACCGAUACAGAGACACAUCGGCAUCGUGUUAAGUUUGUCUUGGCAUUAACAAUAGCUCUCGUGUUUCCGACACUGUCUCUCUCUCAAGAUUACAAUGAGGAACGGCCCCCUGGGCUGGUCGACUGCGAUGGCGUUUACAUGUCGUACAGAUUCGGCAGCCGGGAGAGGGAGUACCCUCGUGUCAAGAACGUGACGGCUCAGUCGUGGGCAUUCAAGUCCACGGCCAUUAUCGUAAACACUGGUACUGAAGAGAUCAAAGGCUGGCAAAUGUUCAUAGGGUUUCAACACAGGGAACUCAUUGUGUCUGCAACUGGGUCCGUUUCCGCAGACGGAGAGUUUCCUUACGACGCAAGCAACGGGACAACGUUCAUCGGAUCUCCCAACACGGACUUGAAGACUUCAAUCGAGACAGCUGGGGAUUACGCUCAGAUCUCUGCUGAUAUCGAGAUCACUGGUACGAUGUUUGGUCUCAAGGCCAAUGUUAUGCCCAUGCCUAAGACGAUCAAGCUCACAAACGAUGGAUGGGAAUGCCCCACUCCUAACUCCAAAGAAGGUACGAUGCAAGUUUGCUGCAAGAAGAACCCUAAAUUCAAAGACAGGACGAAUGCCAAAACCAAGUUCAUGCCGAGACAGUACGGAGACCUGAACAUAGUGUACGACGUCCUUCAAGCUUACCCAAACAACUACUUAGCUCAGGUGACCAUAGACAAUGAUAACCCAUUGGGGCGGUUGGACCAUUGGAACCUGACGUGGGAGUGGAUGAGGGGCGAGUUUAUCUACUCGUUACGAGGAGCCUACACCGACGAGAAAGAUCCUGCAGAUUGCUUAAACAGCAAGGCAGGAGAGUAUUACCAGGACUUAGAUUUCUCUCAGGUCGCCAACUGCCAGAAGAAACCUACCAUCAAAGAUUUACCGGUUGAUCGCAAAGACGAUAACCUCAUCGGGAAAUUGCCUUUCUGCUGCAAAAACGGGACCCUCUUGCCCAGCAUCAUGGAUCCCUCUAAAGCCAGGUCCAUUUUCCAGUUACAAGUGUAUAAGUUGCCACCUGAUCUAAACAGAACAGAGUUCUACCCACCACAGGGCUGGAAAAUCGACGGAUUUGUGAACCCGCAGUACAAAUGUGGACCGCCCGUUAGGGUGGACGGCUCAGCAUUUCCGGACCCGAAUGGACUUCAGGCCACAUCCUUUGCCGUGGCCAGCUGGCAGGUUAUCUGCAACAUAACCAGGCCCAAACCACGAGCUUCUCGCUGUUGCGUCUCUUUCUCAGCCUUCUACAAUCAAUCUGCCAUUCCCUGCAACACAUGUGCCUGUGGUUGCGACGAUAUUGACACCGACACUUGUGAUUCCCAGGCUCGCCCUAUGCUAUUGCCUCCUGAUUCUCUUCUGGUCCCGUUCACUAAUCGGACCCUUAAGGCGAAGGCAUGGGCAAAACAAAGACACUUUCCCAUCCCGAAGAAGCUUCCUUGCCCAGACAACUGCGGUAUCAGCAUUAACUGGCAUCUGAACUCAGAUUACAGCAACGGGUGGACAGCAAGUGUGACAGUGUUUAACUGGGGAGAUAACUCUGUCGAAGAUUGGUUCGUGGCCGUGGACUUGGGAAGGUCUGGUGAAGGAUAUGAAAAGGUUUAUUCGUUCAACGGGACGCGUAUUCCUCCCAAGAACCAAACGAUUCUCUUCCAGGGGCUACCCGGGUUAAACUAUUUGAUCCGUUUAACUAAUGGAUCGAACCCAUUGAAAGAUCCUCGGGUUCCCGGGAAAAUGCAGUCGGUAAUAUCGUUCAGGAAGAAGGAUAUAAAGAGUUUGAACAUUCGUGGUGGAGAUGGAUUCCCGAAGAGAGUGUUCUUCAAUGGAGAGGAAUGCGAGCUUCCAAAGCAUUUGCCUAAGAGCUCCGGAGAGAGAUUCCUUCCGGCAGCCACAUUCUUGCGUUCAGCUCUCACUGUUACCGUCAGCUUUCUGGCGAUCACCGAUCGGCAUCUCUCCCUUUGAAAGAGUUCUUGUGGUAGAGACGUUAGCUUUUGUUGAGAAGUUAAAUGCACAAGAGAUUUCUCUGUGGAUUAUUCACAGUUGAUUAAGGAUGCUUUCUGGGUUUUAUUAGCGAAUCAUAAACGAUUUCAGACAAAUCUCAAACACUGCGUGUCCUUUCGAAACUUAUGAUCACAUACACAUUGCAACAAAGCCAAGAGAACAACAAAAGUAUAUCUGUGGACAAGCGACAGAGAAGAGAAGGCAAAGCUAGUUUUGCAUGUUUUUUUUUUUCAUUUUUGAAAUCUAGAUACUAUAAAGUUGCUUUACGAAUGAUUUCAUUUCCUUUUUCUUUAAAAUAAUCAGUUAAAGCUCGUUAGAGAUACCAACACAGUGCCAGGUUCUCCCCCUCAGACGUUUUCUCAUCGUUAUGGUAUAUUACAAAACACUAGAUCUGUUAUAUAAAUAGUACAACAAAGAUUUGCAUGAACAACUUCGAGUUAGAUAUAAUUCAGAUUCCAGAUUUGAGUUCUGAGGUCUCUGUUCUCGUUCCCACCUUUUUCGAGGAUGCUUGCGACCCAAGUUAUCGUAUCAUAACAGGGGAAAGAAAAAAAAA